UCAGUUAUACUUUUCGUCCUUUCCUUAUUUGUUUACAUUCGGCAGAAUUAUUUUGAUGUUGGAGAUUUUUUAAAUCGUAAACGUGUCCACUUUAAAAUUCGUGGAAAGAAAUGUCAAAUAUUGUAAAUCCCAGUACUUAUGUGAAAAGUGUUCUGCAAAAUGGAAUUGGAAGAUAUGUUAAUCAGUUACAACGCAUAACAUUGAGGUUUUCUAAAACACAUGGAGGCAGUAAUGGUUUGAGAGAAUACAUCGAAAAAGAUUUGGUGGAUUUUGCGAGAUCUAAUCCAGGGGUCGUUGUGUAUUUAAAACCUCGUCGUGUAGGCCCUCCUAGUAUAACAAUGGAGUAUUUAAACGGUAAUACUCAGUAUUUGUCUUUUCCAAAAAAAUCGAGAGAUGAAAUUGUAAAAUGGGUUGAAUUCGCCCGAACUCAGUCUGGUUUUCCUAUUUCUCGAUUUAUAAAAAGACACCAUACAGACACUCCUAGCAUUCAAGGCGUAUGGAAUCCCUUCACAAAUAAGUCAACAGCAUUAAAUGUUACAGACUUUCCAAAUGAUGAAUUGUCCAAAGCUCAUACCUUCUUCCCAACUGCAACAGAGCAACUUCUGGAAAUAGCCAAAAAUUUUGGCACAUGUGAAAAUCAAAAUGAGGAAGAAAGUCAAUCAUCCAAAACUGUAAAUUAGUAUUUUAUGUAAAAAUAUAUCCAGUAAAAUCAUUGUGUAAAGAACAAAAAAUUUGUAUCAAUAAAGCAUUGUGAAAUUA